AUGUGGCUGCUCACAGCUGUGCUCCUCGUCAGCGUCCCAGGAUGCUUCUCCAUCGAAGGUCCGCAAUGCGUAAGUGGUCCAGAGCAGGGCUCAGUGACUGUGAAGUGUUUCUAUGAUGCAAGGUGGGAGACCUACAACAAGUGGUGGUGCCAAGGAAAGACUUGGGAUUUCUGCAGGAUACUCAUUCAAAGCACAGGAUCAGAGCAAGAAGUGAAGAAAGACCGACUGACUAUCAGAGACAAUCACACCAACCACUUCUUCACGGUGACCAUGGAGAAGCUUCGCAGAAACGACAACGACACAUACUGGUGUGGCAUUGAGAAAAGGGGACCUGACCUUGGAUUCCAAGUUAAAGUGAUUGUUAGCCCAGCUCCAGCUACACCAAACCUGUCCUCCGUGCCAUUGGCCACCAGGACCUACUACCUGCUCCUGGCAUUUGUGAAGCUGCCUAUCCUGCUCAUCUUGUUUGGUGCUCUUCUCUGGAUGAAGGGGCCUUGGAGGGUCCCCGAGGAGCAUUGGGGUCAGCCUGACUAUUCGGUCUUGUCCUUACACCCUCUGACCAAAAACACAGCCCCUUAG